AUGUCUUCUGCCUACGGAGAGAAGCUGUUCAUUGCCAUCUCGGGCCUCAUUGGUGCCGGCAAGACAACAUUGGCGGAUGCGCUGUCAAAGGAGAUGGGCUUGCCUGUCUUCCACGAGCCCGUGGCGGAGAACGUGUACUUGGAGGACUUUUACGCUGACCAGGCAAAGUACUCCUUCCCGCUCCAGGUCUACCUCCUCAACAAGCGCUUUGAGCAGCAGCAGCAGAUCAUUUGGUCCAAGGCGGGUGGUAUUGCUGAUCGCUCCAUCUAUGAGGACCUCGUCUUUGCUCGCAUGCUCAAGGACGACGGCAAGAUGGACGAGCGCGACUUUGAUACCUGUACGUUGUCAUGA